GUGCGUGGUGGGCUGGGCCUGGUCUGCAUUGGGUGGGGGAUGCAGGCCUGUGGCAGUAGGUUGGCAGGGUAGUGGGGGGGCUGCGCUCCAGUUCUCUUUACAAGCUGGUUGGUGACUUAUUUUGGACUCCUGAGGGCCAAUAGAGCUGGUGGUGGUGGUUGUUGUUGAAAAAUCUGGCAACCUGAUUCAGCAUGGAAAGGGGUUCCCGGCCCCAGGUCACCAUGCUACCUACGAAGGUGGAAUUCGAGAAGCAGGUGUGGCUGCAGGCAACUGGUGCAAAGUUAUGGAUGGAAACUGAAAUGAUAAUUGGCAAGUGGUUGCCAGCCGAGCAGGAGCUACCCCACUGUAGCCAGAAGGAUCUGGAGACGACCAACGCCCGGAGCCGCCUUGAUGCUGUGCUGCAGUGUCUGCUGGAGAAAAGCGAUGUGGACCGGGAGCAGAUGGACGAGGACGCCGGGAAGACAUCCAGCGACCCACUCAGCAAGGACUCCUCCCCCUCCACGGCUGGGAAGAGGCCCUCAGCACGGUUCUCCCAUCACCGGCGCAAGAAGAGGAAAGAGACAGAUGAUGGAUUGACUGAGAGUGGCCAGCAGAGACAGAACACCUACAUCAUCAAGCUGUUUGACCGGAGUGUGGACCUGGCGCAGUUUGCAGAGAGCACCCCACUGUACCCCAUCUGCCGGGCCUGGAUGAGGAACAGUCCCGCUGUACGCGAGAGGGAGCGCUCGCCCAGCCCACCGCUGCCCGCCCUGCCUGAGGAUGAGGAGGGGGCUGAGGGGCUGAACGGGAAGAGCCAGAAUGUGUACAAGCUGCCCCCGCCGUGUGCUGGCCUGGAGAAUGCAGGCGGGGAGUCUGUGAGCGCCAGGAUACCCUCCCCACUGCCGCCUGAGGAUGGGGAGUCACUCCCUGAUACGACCCCUGAUGCACGGCCCUCGAUGUCUUCUCUCAUCUAUAAGAACAUGGAGCGCUGGAAGAAGAUCCGCCAGCGGUGGAAGGAGGCAUCACACCGGAACCAGCUGCGCUACACUGAGAGCAUGAAGAUCCUCAAGGAGAUGUACGAGCGGCAGUGAUGGACCCCACACCCUGCCCAGGCCCCCCUCUGGGGGUGGGGCUGUGCUGAGGCCCAGCCACUGGGAGUGGAGCCACUUGGGUGCCCCGCCUCCGGGGGGAGGGGCCAUUCCUAAUAGAAAAUAGCCUCAUACCCUGGGCUUGGUGCUGGGGAGAGUGGUCUAGCUCGGGGCUGCCCCUCACACCCCCCCUUCUGUCCCCUGGCUGGGCUCUGUGUGGGGUAGGGCUGCCCCCUAGUGGAGUCAGCGGCUAGUGCAUGUAAGGGGACCUAGUCUCCCAUCCCACCAUCUCUCUUCUCCCUCCCCCCUCCCCCUUCCAACAUAGCCAAUAAAUGGAGUCCCUGGC